GUAAUUUUGUGAAAAAUCUUUCUACGGUGACUUAUUCGGUCGAAUAAUUGAUAAUAAACGACUGUUUAUCAGAAUCUCCCAAAACAGCCAGAACAUGAAACCGGUGUAAAUAAAACUUGCUUGGAGAAUUUUUCGCCAUUUAUUCGUGAAAAAUAAUUAAUUAUAAGGUUUAAUUGUAAAUAAUUCGCUCGUUGUAAGUACUAGUCUUCGUAAAAAUGACAUCACCGUCGCAGAUUUACAUGGGAGAGAUACUUCCAUUUAUGACUCCGGCGUCUAUUAUUAAUGCAUUCCAAAAACUCGGCCAUCAUCCGAUCAGCGCAGUGUUGCAGAAGAAACGCAAAAAUGACGAUAAAGAGAUCUGCGUUAUCCAAUUUGCCAACGACGACGCUGCCAAGCAAGCAGUUUUCAAGUUGAAUGGCAAAACAAUCCCUGGCACCGGCUUUGGUUCGACUAAGUUUAAAUUGAGUCAAUGCAUGGGAAGUAGAACUUCAGAUCAUAAUGUUUGGGUUGGCGAUCUGACUAUGGACGUGGACGAUUAUCAUUUCUUCAAAUAUUUCGGUCAACAUUACAAAACGCUAACCAGUGCUAAGGUAAUCGUAGAUAGUCGAGGUGUCAGCAGAGGUUACGGAUUUCUCAGAUUUUCCAGCGAAGAAGAACAGAAAGACUGUUUGAAAAAUAUGGGUGGUUCGUUAGGUCUCGGAUGUCGACCCAUUAGAGUAAAUGCGGUCGCGAAACAAAACCAAACACAAGGAAAUCAUUCGGAAAUCAUAGAAAUCUUAGACGAUGAUCAGAACACGAGUACAAAAGUUCAACCAGAUGAUCCAUGGUAUAUUUACACAAACUGGAACCAAUUUACUCAACCGACUGAAUUCAUUUUCGUUGCCACUAAUUCGAAAAAAUUUUCAAAGAAAAAUAACAUCGAUCCUCGUCAAGACUUGUCCCUUAUCGAUUAUAAUGUAGCAUUUAAUGUGGAAGACAUGAAUAAGGAAGCGAUCGAAAGAGAUUGUUAUUUAUGGGAUGCCAUCGAAUGUACGAGGUGGCUACCGAAUAACGCGCUCGAUACCGUUACCACCUCGAGUUGAUAAGUAAUAAUAAUAAUUUUUGUUCAUUUAUAUUUUGUACCUAUAUUUUUCUGCCUUUUUUUUUUCUCUUUUGUGACUUAUUUUUUGGAGCGGAUUCCGAAUGAGUCGAACGUUUUUGUGUUAAUUUCUUUUCAAUGAUUUCAAUAUAUCAUUCAAUUCGUU